CAUUAGUGCAAGUAAAGCUGAAGCACUUGGCCAUUAUAUUCCCCCGGUUUCACCAGUUUGACGACGUCUUUCCUGACCAUCAGAUCUGCCACAGAGUAAAGUCGAAAUUUCGUCUGCACAGGAAGUGCGCAACCUCAUCGUCGAGCACACCCUCGGACAACACGCACCAUGUCGGCCAACGACGAGGACUGCUUCGAAACGGCCUUGCACCACGCAACCAAGUAUCACCACAUCCACGUCGUCGCCGAGAUGCUGAGAAUCGGCGAGGACGUUCGCCGCAAAGACCGCCAAGGACAAACUCCGUUGCAUCUAGCCGUCCUGAACAAGAGCCACCUCGACCUGGUCAGUGAGAUGAUACCCAAUGGGCACAUGCCGAGCAUAAUGGAUUUUUACGGUUUAAGAUCCAUGGAUAUAGCUUUACGCGGGAGAGACGAGCAGUGGAUUAAAAAUUUCGCCACGAAUCAAGAUGCCCUGGUGAGCAACGGUUUCAGCAAGAGCCUCGUGAAGAUGCUGCUGGCUGCCGGGGCGGACGUCAACGCCAGGGACGACUACGACCGCAUGCCGCUCCAGAGCGCCGUCUACACGGGCGAUCUCGAGCUCCUGGAAAUUCUCCUCGAGGCCGGCGCCGAUGUCAACAACCAAAACAACAUGGGCACCACGGCCCUUCACGACGCCGUUCUGUGCGGAAACGAGUCGAUGGUCUUCGCGCUUCUGAAGUCCGGCGCCGCGGUGGGCUUGAAGACUUUCGACGAGGGCGAAACCGCUCUGCACUGGGCUACGGCGCUCAACAGGAACAAGAGCCACAGGCGCAUCAUCGAGAUGCUCCUGAGGUCCGGAGGCGACGUCAACCACCCGAACUUGGCUUUCUCGAAGAGGAUCCCGUUCGAGCACAUCCUCACGUUCGGCGACAUCGACCUCAUCAAGCUCUGCAUCGACAGAUACGGGGCGAACUUAGCUAGAAUUACUCACCUCGGACACUGCACGAUGAUGUUCGCGGUGCACAACGAGGACCCGAGCGUGAUAAACCUCCUGCUGGAGGCUGGAGUGAGUAGGAGCCCCAACGGGAUCACUGCGCUGCAUUACGCGUGCAGAUUGAUCAAAACGGAGUACGUGCAGAUGCUGAUCCAGAAAGGGGCCGACGUCAACGCCACCGACAACAAUGGUUCGACGCCGCUGCUGUACGUCAUGGCGGGCGAGGUGCCGGCAGUCUAUCUGGUGGAUCGACCCGACCUCGAGGAGGCCAAGGCGCCGCUGGUGCGCUUGCUGCUGAAGUCUGGCGCCGACCCGUACCAGAAGGUCGGCUUAGAACAAACUUUCACGGCUCUGGAGCUGGCACUGUACGGCUUCAUUCCCGUACAUCCGGAAGUGCGCAACGUCAUCGUCGAGCACACCCUCGUGAUCGAGGCGGGAUUCGAAGAUUACGUCUUCGACGAGAAGAGCCUCGAGGUGAUGGGCAGCCACCCGGUGGUCGGGCCGCACUACCUCAAGUGUCGACGCGAGCUGAUGGCCAUGAUGGAGAGGAAGAUCAAGGGUACGCACGUAACGUACUUCUCCGUCAUCAGCGCGCCGCUGGACGUGGUGGCGCGGUACGCGAAGAACGAGCAAGUCGUCGAGGAGUUCAAGGGUCGCGAUUUUAGCGAGGAUUAUCCGGUUUACGCAUCGCGCUUGACCGAUAAAUACAACGCUGCCGUUGAUAGACGGGAGAGAAACGAACGCGCCUACGCGACAUUGAGCGAGUCUUUGCCGAUUACCGAUCCGAAGCACUUGAUUAUCGAGAAGAUCUGCGAAUACUUGGACGACGAGGAGAUCGAGUUACUGGCUAAUUAUGUAUGAUAUCGCGAUACUUGUAUUGAAAAAACAAUCGGACGAUUAUCAUUUAUAAGAUGAAGAUUUUUCAUUUAUGAAUAUCAAGAGCGAAGAUAUACUUAAUAUGAAGUUAAAACAAAAUAUUUUUAUUUUGGAAAUAACAUGAUUCAUACAUUGUGUCCAGAUUAAUUUACAAUUAUUAGAGAUUUUUUAUGGAUAAAGAACAUAUUAAUGUAACUAAAAUCAAAAUAAUUACUCACGUAUAAAUAGUAGUGAGUUGAUUUGUUAAAAAUAACAUAAUUCAUAUAUGUUCAAGAUUAAUUUACAAUUAUUAGAGAUGCAUCUAUAAGUUCUAUUGUAGGCAUUUAAUAUGGAUAAAGAACAUAUUAAUGUAGCUAAAAUCAAAAAUAAAACAAAAAUAAUUACUUACGUAUAAAUAGUAGUAAGUUCAUUUAUUAAAAAUAACAUAAUUCAUAUAUGUUCAAGAUUAAUUUACAAUUAUUAGAGAUACAUCUAUAAGUUGUAUUGUAUUUUAUGAAUACAGAACAAAGAUAUAAUAAUAUGUAGUUAAAAUAAAAUAUUUAUACUUUCGUUUAAAUAGAAGUAAAUUGAUUUAUUAAAAAUAACAUAAUAUAAAGAGAUGCAAGUUCUAUUGUAGGCACGUUCACAUGGUUAUUACUCAUACGAUUAAAUAUUAACGGCGACGUUAUAGGUCUACAAUGUAUAGUAUAAAAAAUCUUACAAGCCUGCGUAUAAAUUGUAUACAAUGUUAAUUUGCAUUUUCUACACGUACAUAUGUAAAAGUCGUAGAUAAAA